AUGCUGACAGCUGUCAAUAGAACUGGCAACGGAGUCAGCAACAGUCUCAGCGCUGAAAAUCUGAGCCGCCUUCCGGAUGGCACCAGCGGAGGUAUGGUGGAGCGCUUCACGCAGUCCCCAGCAGCGGAUGAGCCAUACUUUGCGCGAGCACGAAUGCAUGAUCGCUCCGAGCACGCGUCGCGGCUCUCAAGCCAACUUGAAGCGACAGAAAAGGUUCUCGGAAAACGGUAA